AUGCAGUCCCAGGUCGAUGUGAGAAAUAAUCUUGUCUUUGACAGCGUGAGCAUUGGACAAAAAUUGGACUAUACAGACAUAACGGUACAGCAGAAGUUGGAUGGAGUAAAGGACCAAAUCAAACAGGAAAUAAGGAAGGAACUUAAAAUCAAGGCAGGAGCAGAAAAUCUUAGGAAGGUCAUAACAAUUAAAAAACAGUUGGCUUAUCUGGAUGACAUUUUGAAAAAAUCCGAUAAGAAACUAGAAGAAUUAUAUCGUAAAUUACAGGAAUUACAUCCACAUAUUAUUGUAACAGAACCUGAAGAUGUUGCAGAUUGUCCUAGGACCCUGGAUACACCAAACAGUGAUCAGCGUUUUCCUACAAAUAACAGAUUGAUGGACUUAAAAAAACAGCUGGAUAUAGAACUAAAGGUGGAACAAGGAGCAGAGAAUAUGUAUUCAAAUAGUUCUUCAAAGGAUAAAAAGCUUCUUGCAACAGCUCAACAGAUGCAGGACAGCAAAACAAAGAUAGCAGCUACAAGGAUGAAAAACCUUCAAGCGGUCCAAACUAAUGAAUUGGCUUUUGAUAAUGCUAAGCCUGCAAUAAGCCCACUUUCGAGGAAGGCCCGAAUGGAGGAGUUGCAGCAUCAUUUUAGGAUCCCGAGCACACGCGGUAGCAGAAGGGCAAAAAAUGCUAUGAGAAAUUGCUUGGAUGGGGAAGGUUGCUGACAAGAAAAAGCUCUCUCAGAAGCUCAAGCAAGAUUCAAUGAAUCAAGCCAGACAUUGGACCUCUUAAAGUGUUCAUCAGAACAAAGACUUAAUGAACUCCCUAAAGACCAUCCCAAAAGGAGUAUUAUUACAGAAGAACUUUCACUUGUGUCAACACCAACAUUACGUUCGUGGCAAAGCAUGAUAUCGACACAGAAUCGAUAUAGUACAUUAUUCAAACCGGCAGCUAUCACAGGUACUUUGGAAGUCAGACUCAUGGGUUGCCAAGAUAUUUUGGAGAACGUACCUGGUCGAUCAAAAGCCACAUCCAUUGCUCUCCAUGGAUGGAGUCCAAGUAAAGCCAGGUGAUAUUUUAUGAGCCGAACCAGUAAAAGCAAAAGCAGGAGUAGCCGGAAUCUUCUGAAAGCAGACGAUCUGUCCAAUGAAGUCUGUGCUGUUCUGAAACUGGAUCAUUCUUUGGUUGGUCAAACUAGCUGGAAGCCUAUUUCCAAUCAGUCAUGGGAUGAGAAGUUUACACUGGAACUAGAUAGAGUAAGAACCUUCUUUUUUGUUUCCUAUGAUUGCCAGUUCAAUAGGCCCUGCCGGAACUUCGCCGAGGUCCGCCAGGGGGGUGCCCGGACAGGUGGAGGAAGAGUGUUCCACCAGGCCGGGGCCAAAGCCGUAAAAACAGCCCGUGUGGAGAUAACGGCCCGUAUUGCCGAGGAUGCAGAAAUCAUUGAUUCGGGGGUUGAUAGAAAUAAUCAACCUGAAGUUAGGAGAACACAAAUGAGCGUACAGGACUUGAGGAUUUUCAGUGUUCUAGGAAGAGGAAACUUCGGAAAAGUUGUGUUGGCAGAACACAAAAAGACAACUCAAAUAUUCGCCAUCAAAGCCCUGAAGAAACAGGACAUCCUUGAUCUUCCUGCAGUAGACUGUGUUAUGUGCGAGAAGCGAAUUUUUGAAAUUGUCAACCGCCAAAAACAUCCGUUUCUGGUCAGUUUUUUUGCAUCUUAUCAAACCGACGAGCAUGUGUGUUUCGCCAUGGAAUAUGCCGCAGGUGGAAACCUUGAGAUACAUCUUCAGGCUGAAGUCUUUUCGGAGCCAAGAGCCGUAUUUUAUGCCGCCUGCGUCACUCUCGGCCUACAAUAUUUACACGAAAACAAAAUAGCUCAUAGAGAUUUGAAACUGAAUAACUUUUUGCUGGAUGCGGAGGGGUUUUUGAAAAUAGCUGACUUCGGCCUUUGUAAGGAAGGCAUGGGGUUUGGUGAUCGAACAAGUACAUUUUGUGGCACUCCAUACUAUCUUGCUCCAGAAGUGUUGACUGAAACAUCUUAUACCAGAGCUGUGGACUGGUGGAGUUUUGGUGUUUUCAUCCAUGAAAUGCUCAUUGGUGAGCCUCCUUUUACUGGAGAUACCGAAGAGGAGGUUCAUGAAAAUAUUGUAAACUAUAAAGUAAUAUAUCCUCAGUUCCUGUCUACAGAAGCUAUCUCCAUAAUGAAAGGGCUUCUGAGGAGAAACCCAGAUCUACGUCUUGGUGCUGGUGAGGAAGAUGCUGAAGAUGUCAAAAAGCAUCACUUUUUCCGGUUGAUAGAUUGGAAUGCCUUGCUUGCCAGGAAAGUGACGCCUCCUUUUGUACCAGUCAUAAAGGGAAGAGAAGAUGUCAGCAAUUUUGAUGUGGAAUUUACCUCAGAAACACCUAUUCUCACUCCACCCCUGAAGCCACGGAUACUUUCAGAAGAAGAGCAGGAAAUGUUCAGAGACUUUGACUACAUUGCUGAUUGGUGUUAA